CCGAAGGUAGUCGACGUUUCGAGCUCCGCCACGACGGCACACGACGCGUCGGUGGCGUAGCGUUCUUCUAUUUUUUCUCGUCCUCCUGGGCCCUGUCUCUCACCAAAGGCCUGCACGUCCUUCCCGUUACAGCAUGCCCCUGCCUACACCAGCGCCACCCGCAUACUCUCCGGAGGACUGCGCGAUCUGCUUCGAGUCGCUGCACGUCGCCCCGCGGGACGAAGAGGGCUCCUCCUACAUGAUCGACGACGUCGAGCUCUACUGCAACAACGGCCGCCCGAACAACCACCACUUCCACUGGUCGUGCAUCACGGACUACGUCAAGUCCGGCGGAGACCGGGCGAAGUGCCCGCUGUGUAGGGGGCACGCGCUGGACGCGCGCGGAAGGAUGAUCGUCGGCGUCACGAACGAGGGCGGCGUGCAGGGCGGGGUCGACCUCGGCGACAUCAUCGACGAAGAGAUCUUCGAAGAGUCCCAGCCCGAGUCCUGGCGCCUCGAGCAGGCCUUCCUCGGCCUGAUGGCCCAGUGCGACUACGCUGAGGCCGAGGAGCUCCUGCGCGACCGUGGUGUGGACGUCAACUGCACCUACCCCACCGGCGGGCAGACUGCGCUGCACAUGGCGGCGAUGAACGACGACGUCGAGGGCGUCGAGCUGCUGCUCCGGUACGGCGCGGACAAGGCGCAGCUCGACGAGGCGGGCUGGGAUGCGCUCCGGGCGGCGAGGGAGGUUGCCGCGAAGGAGGUCCCGAGGCUGCUUGCGUGAGGUGAGGCGGUGGUAGGUGUGGCAAUUCUCCGGGCAGUGACUAUGAGUAUCGUAAUGUAAGAGUGGUUCGUGCUAUGCAAUGUGACCGAGACAUCUUGACCAUGUCGAAUCAAUCUCGACUCGCAUGCGCACCAGUGACGUGAGGUGUGCCGGGCAACAUCAAACCCCUCGGGCUGAUUAUAUGGUGCGCAGUGCAUCUGUGUGAGUCGGUGAGCUGAAUGUGUGCACCGUCAUUGCCACGUCCCCAGUAUGAUUGGAUAGCUCUUCGAGACAGCGUUGGCUGUCGCUUAAGCUUACUCGCAUACUGGCUUCGUCGUCGAUAGGGCUGCCAAAUGCAUGUAUACGUCAACAGCUCAAUCGGAUCUCCGACUCAACAGAUCCUCGGGACGUACUGC